CACAAUCUCCAUUCUUCUCUCUCAAAAACGCUGCUGCGACGACGAUGGCUGCUAUAACGCCCCACUUAGCUAUGGCGCCUUCGGUAGGGAUGGGUCAUCUCAUUCCCCAAGUCGAAAUCGCCAAACGCCUGGUCCAGCUACACGGUUUUUCAAUCACCUUCCUAGUUCCCGGCGACGGUCCUCCAACCACAUCCCAGAAACUAUUCCUCGAUUCCCUCCCACAAAACAUGGAUUAUAUCCUUCUCCCUUCCGUCAGUUUGGCAGAUCUCCCGCCCGAAACAAGAGUUGAAUCUCGAAUCUGUCUAAUCAAUUCCCGAUCCAUUCCCCACCUCAAACAAUCUCUAAUCGAACUAAAAGCCCGGAAACCCGUCGUCGCGUUUAUCACAGAUCUGUUCGGAACAGAGGGUUUUCAUAUCGCAGAAGAACUCAAUCUUCCGGCUUAUCUCUUUUUCCCUUCCACUGCUAUGGUUCUUUCUCUCUUCCUCUAUCUACCUCAGUUAGACAGUGAAGUCAGUUGCGAGUUCAGAGACAUGGACGAACCUGUUCGAAUUCCGGGUUGUGUACCCAUCCACGGUAGCCUUCUCCUUGACCCGUUUCAAGAUCGGAAGGACGAUGUUUACAAGCAUUUCCUCGACCAGGUGAAACGGUUCAGAAUGGCAAAGGGUAUUCUGGUUAACUCCUUUGAUGAACUGGAAUCCGGAGCUCUGAAAGCUCUCCAGGAACCUGAACCGGGUAACUAUAAGCCACCCGUUUACCCUGUCGGCCCGCUGAUUCAGAUCGGUUCAUCUGGUUCUAGUGCGGAAGAAGAUAAGACAGGUUGUCUUGAUUUCCUAAACGCCCAACCCGAUUCUUCAGUUCUCUUCGUAUCAUUCGGAAGCGGCGGAACGCUGAGUUACGAUCAGUUCAUUGAGUUAGCGUUGGGUUUGGAACUCAGCGGACAGAGGUUCAUUUGGGUUAUCAGAUCCCCAAGCGAUACGAGUGACGCGGCGUACUUAAACGGCGGGAAAAGCGAUAACCCAUUAGCGUUCCUUCCAGAUGGGUAUUUAGAUCGGGUUAAAGAACGCGGUUUUCUUGUUCCAUCAUGGGCUCCUCAAGCUGAGAUCCUUGAACAUGGGUCAACGGGUGGGUUUUUAACUCACUGCGGUUGGAAUUCGAUUCUUGAGAGCGUUGCGAAUGGCGUUGCGUUGAUCGCUUGGCCGUUGUAUGCUGAACAGAAGAUGAACGCGGUGACUGUGACGAAUGUUUUGAAGGUGGCGUUGAGGCCGAAAGCUAAUGAAGUGGGUGUGGUGGAGAAAGAAGAGAUUGGUCGGGUUGUGAAAAGUUUGAUUGAAGGGGAAGAAGGAAAGGAAUGUCGCGAUCGAAUGAUGGAGCUUAAGGCGGCGACUAUGAAAACGCUGCGUUCUGAUGGAUCGUCGGCGAAAGCUCUAGAUAAAGUUGCUGAUGAAUGGAAGAGUUUGUUUACUCAAUUAAAUUAGAGUUAUUAAGGUUGUGUUUGAUUCAUUUCUUUUUGUUGUAAUUCCUUGUUUCAAUGUUUUAACUAUUCACCUUUGCUUGCCAAACUGAAUCCAAAUAAUUACUAGUUGAGUGUUUC